UCAGAUCCAAGGAGGAGGUGAUAUUCAUGGGAGCACGGUUCAAACUCUCACUUGGAGCACAGCUUCAGCAGCCUUUCAGCCGCUGCUCUCUCUGCGCUUCUUUUCCUCUUAAACAUAAGCUAAAGAAGAUUGAAUAAUGUUUGCUUAAAAUAAUAAUAAAAAAAAAUAAAUAAAUUCUGGAGAUUUUUUUCUACCCUUGGACAGAUUUCAGGAGGUGAUUUGAGAACCUGAAGACAGACUGUUACCUGGGCAUUAUGAAAAGGUAUCCAGGCGUCUUUCACUGCUGGGAGAGGAUGCUUGUUUUGUAAAAAAAAAAAUAAUAAUAAAAAAAAAUUGCUCAUAUUUUUGUGACUCUUGACAAAAACUGUAACGCGAUCUGCGACUUUUUGCGCGCUACUUUUAAAACUGCAUGACCGAAAUGGAGCGCACCGGAUUAGCUGUUUUAAUGGUUUUAAGUGUUGCGCUCAUGCGGGUUGGCGACGGUCACCAGGAGGCAACAGGUGGGAGGACCGGGGCAAGCCAGGUGGUCCCCGACCAUCAGAUCAGUCAGGGUCAAUCUCCCAAAGAAGCUCUGGACCUUUCGAAAACACCUACCACCGGCCAGUCGACAACUCUGCACCGCACGUCCAGGGGAGCGUCAGCAUCCAGAGGUGAAACGGUUCACUCUGCUGGCGCAUCCGGGGAAGACCUCGUCUCAUCGUCGCACGGCAGAGCGCAGCGCACAGCCAGACACCCGCAAACGAGCAGAGUGAACCGCAGGCAAAGCAGCAAGCCCGGCUCCUCCAGCACAAGACGACUGGCUGGGCCAAAUGUCUGUGGAGGUCAGCAGUGCUGCUCUGGUUGGGUAGUGGCUCCAGGACCCAACCGCUGCAUAAAACCUGACUGCCAGCCCCCCUGUCAGAACCGUGGCUCCUGCAGCCGACCACAUACUUGUGUGUGCCGCUCAGGCUUUCAGGGGCCCCGCUGUGAGGAGGUGGCCCCCGAGCAGGUGUACAUUCGUGAGCAGGGCACUCUGAGGCGCAUUCAUCCAGGCACCAAACCCUUCCAGAGAGACCCACCACAGAGAAGACCCUCAGAGAGGAAGGCCACAGACACCAUCAAGCUCCAGACCCCACGACCUGUGACCACCAAGCAACCUGCCCAGACUGUAACCCAAGCAAGACGAGGACCUGCGUACUCCUCGCCUCAGCAGAGUGGGACCUCCCGUACCGUGAAGCGUUAUCCAUCGUCCUCUGAGCCCAUAACCUCCAAUGCCCUGCCCAACGGCAACGGCUUUGCAAACGGCCAUGGCAGUGAGAACAGAAACUGGUACUCACACAGGAACAGACAAAGCAACACCCCAUCCCUUAACGGUCAAAGGUCUCCUAGUGAUAGCCAGGGACAGUUCAACAAUGUGUUGCAUCCAGCAGGGGCUAACCUCACCUCCAACCUUGACCGGAUUAAGAUUGUCUUCACACCUAUGCUCUGCCGAAGGGUGUGCAGUGGCGGGCACUGCUACAACAGCUGCGAGAAGGGAGAUGUUACCACUGUAUACAGCGACAACUCGCAGCAGCAGCAGCAGCAGCAGCAGCAACAACAACAGCCAAAGAACCAAGGCUUCAGACUCUUCUUCUGUCAAAUCCCCUGCAUGAACGGAGGCCGAUGCAUUGGCAGGGACCUGUGUUGGUGCCCAUCGAAUUCAACGGGGAAGUUUUGCCACCUACCAGCACCACCACUUCCCAGACCCACUCCUCACGGUCGCAAGGAUGCAACCCACCAGGCAGCGAAAUCACCAUCCCAUUCCAUGUACACUUUGCCACUCUCCAAUCAGCAUGUGUCUCUCCACCCAUCGCUGGUAAACGUCCACAUACAACACCCACCAGAGGCUGAGGUCCAGGUUCACCAAGUAGCUCGAGUCCAGCCUGGACAGAGACCAGCCACCACAGAUGGGGCUCAUUCUGUCCAGCAACGUUCCCAGCCUGGAAACGGACAUGAACACACCAGUGAACAUAACGGCAGACUCACACACGGCAAUGGCCACUGGAAUGGCCACAGUACAACUACCAUCCUUCAGAAUGGACAUGUUGGCAGAUGCUUUCAGGAAACAGUAGAUGGACAGUGUGGCAAACCUCUGCCAGGCCUAACCAAACAGGAUGAUUGCUGUGGAAGUGUGGGGGCGUCAUGGGGUUUGAACAAGUGCCAAAAGUGCCCAACCAAACCAGCAUAUGCAGUGAUUGCGAAUGGACAAGUAGAGUGUCCCAAAGGUUUUAAACGAAUGAACAUCACACACUGUCAAGACAUCAAUGAGUGCCUGUUGCCAGGGAUAUGUAAGAACGCUGAAUGUCUCAAUACCAAAGGAAGCUACAGGUGCACUUGUAAGCCAGGUUAUAUGUUAGAUGCUGCCAGAAGCCACUGUGUUUCUGACAAGGCAGUGUCUGACCACAGGGCCUCAUGCUACCGGUCAGUGUCAUCAGGAACAUGCUCUCUUCCUCUUGUCAAUCACAUCACUAAGCAGAUAUGCUGCUGCAGCCGUGUGGGCAAAGCCUGGGGAAAUGGAUGUGAUCGAUGUCCUUUGCCAGGUUCAGACCACUUCAAGGAGAUCUGCCCAGCUGGUCAUGGAUACACAUACUCGCGCUCAGAUGUGCAGAUUUCUCUCAGGCAGCUGGAAGAUGAUGAGCUGCAGAGCACAGGAGUGACGCUGGAGGAGCAGGAGCCUGAGUUGCCAUCCUCCCAGCCUUCACGACACAACAACUACCCUCAAACACCUCAAAUACCCCAGUACCCCGAGACACCACGAGUACCUCAGUACACUUUGACUUCACAAUAUCCCUCAGAAUCAGGACAAGAAACACCUAAACUGCAAGACGAUCUGGAAAUUCUGAUGCCGCCGCCUGUUGUGACGGACUCAACACCAAAUUAUCCAGAGAGCUCUCCAGACUCCCCUGAUUUCAACAUAAGGCCAGAUUUAAAGGAAACAAGCCCUGGAGUUUCCGUCACUGGCAUUAACAAGUGUGCUACUUCACCAAAUAUAUGUGGGCAUGGAAAAUGUGUUCCUGUGCAGAAUGGAUACACUUGCGACUGUGAUCAAGGGUUCAAGCUCAAUGCAUUGCAGAACAGUUGCAUUGAUGUGAACGAGUGUGAAAUGGACCCAUGUGAGGGUAAGGGUCACUGCAUAAACAGCUAUGGCUCCUACAUAUGUCAGUGCCACAGAGGCUACAGCCAGGUGAUCACCCAGAACAGGAAAUUCUGUCAAGACAUCAACGAGUGCAGCAUGCCCAACAAGUGCCAGAACGGCCAGUGCGUCAACACUGAGGGAUCUUUCACCUGCGAAUGCAAUGACGGCUACUCCAAAUCAGGGCGAGACCUUUGUGAAGACGUAGAUGAGUGCAGAGAUCACAGCUCCUGUCCCAACGGCAUCUGCGUCAACACUCUUGGCUCCUUCCAGUGCCAGACCUGUGGCUGGGGCUUCAGGCCCAUUGGUGGGAGAUGUGUAGAUAUCAAUGAAUGCUUGAACCAAACCAUGUGCGGUCGUGGUCGGUGUGUCAACACAGAGGGCUCCUAUACAUGCAACUGUUUCCAUGGCUAUAUGCUCUCAUCAAACAAUUUUUGCCAAGAUGUGGAUGAAUGCAUGCUUCCGGGGAUCUGUCUCCAUGGCCGCUGCGUCAAUCUGGACGGCACCCACAAGUGCACCUGUAACCUUGGUUACCAAGUCUCCUCAGACAGCAAGUCGUGUGAAGACGUCAACGAGUGUGCGAGUGGUACAGCGUGCCCAGUGGGGAUUUGUAUCAACACAGCAGGUUCCUACAGUUGCCAGAACUGCGGGCCUGGGUUUGGACCAUCCACUAAUGGGCUGAGAUGUGAAGACAUUGAUGAGUGUGCACAGGGAGGCGUUUGCUUUGAAGGGGUGUGUGCCAACACACAGGGAUCCUUCAUUUGCACUCAAUGCAAAGCUGGCUAUAGAGUGUCUGAGGACAAGCAGAGGUGUGAAGAUAUUGAUGAGUGCCAGUACCUGUCUACCUGUUCCAAUGGGAUCUGUCUAAACUCAGAAGGGUCUUAUACAUGUGUGAACUGCCCUGCAGGGUAUCUAGUGUCUUUUGAUGGGGAACUUUGUCAAGAUAACGAUGAGUGCGCAAUGGCAACCACCUGUCCCCAGGGAAAAUGUACGAACACGGAGGGCUCGUUCACGUGUGUCCCCUGUCAACCUGGUUUCACAGUUUCUGAUGAUGGACAAAUAUGUGAAGAUGUGGAUGAGUGCUCAGAGGGUAACUUGUGUCCUGGCCUACUGUGCGUUAACACCCCAGGAUUUUACAUCUGCAAGGGCUGCUUAGCUGGUUUCCAACUGUCUGAAGACAGUCACACCUGUGAAGAUAUCGACGAGUGCCAGACUGCAGGUGUUUGCCUCACAGGUGUCUGUGUUAAUACGGAGGGCUUCUUCUCCUGCAUGCCCUGCGAUCCAGGCUUCAGCGUAGCGCCCAAUGGCCUCUCGUGUGAAGACAUCGACGAGUGUUUUACGGGAAUUUGUGGAGAAGGAAGCUGUUUGAAUACGGAGGGUUCCUACAGAUGUAUGUGUCCUGAUGGAUUUACCACCACCGAUAAACCCCCUGGCUGCCAGGACAUCAACGAGUGUUUAACGGGAAUUUGUGGAGAAGGAAGCUGUUUGAAUACGGAGGGUUCCUACAGAUGUAUGUGUCCUGAUGGAUUUACCACCACCGAUGAACGCCCUGGCUGCCAGGAUGUUGAUGAGUGCAGAAGAGAUGAUGUCUGCAUUCGAGGAGAGUGUCUGAACACUGAUGGUUCUUUCUUAUGCUUGUGUGAACCCGGCUUCAAGUACAACACUGAUUCAGCGGACUGUGAAGACCAGGAUGAGUGUAAAGAGUUUGGAAGUUUGUUGUGUGGUACCUGGACCUGCGAGAACACCAUCGGCUCCUAUAAGUGCUUCAUGCAGUGCCAGCCUGACAUGCUUAGCGGAGACUGCGAUAUCGAUGAAUGCAACAAUGAGACCAUCUGUGGGAGCCACGGCUUCUGCGAGAAUACAGUCGAUUCCUUCCUAUGCCAUUGUGACCAAGGCUACACCAACCCACCCGGAGAUAUUACCAGAUGUGUUGACCUGAACGAGUGUGAGAUGAGCUCGGCGCGGUGCGGAGAGGCCCUGUGUGAGAACUUUGAUGGAAGCUUCCUGUGCAUCUGCCCCAACGACAAUGAGGAAUUUGAUCCUGAAACCAACCAGUGCCGCUCCAUGGCCGUUCCUGACACUAAGCCGGAGUCUACAUCCACUCCCAUAACUGAAGAGAGGAAAGAUUGCUAUUAUAAUCUAAAUGAUGCCAACAUCUGCAACAAUGUCUUGUCUCGUAACACCACCAAGCAGGAAUGCUGCUGCACAGCCGGCGCCGGCUGGGGCGACAACUGUGAGAUCCACCCCUGUCCUCCUGUAGGAAGAGAUGAUUACAAUCAGUUGUGUCCCCAUGGCAACGGAUUAUUAACUUUACCUGGGUCUUCUUUACUGGGUCAUGGAGAAAACCUCCGCUACAAAGAUGCAAAUGAAUGUGAAAUGUUUGGAAGCGAGAUAUGCAAGAAUGGACAAUGUUCCAAUUUCUUUUCUGGGUAUACCUGCUACUGUCAGUCUGGAUAUUUCUACGACAAAAUCCGGCUUGAGUGUAUGGAUUAUGAUGAGUGUGGAUUUGGAAACCCUUGUGAAAACGGAGCAUGUGUGAACACGGCAGGAUCGUUCAACUGUUUCUGUAGUCCUCCGCUAGUCCUGGACAGCACACAGCACCGCUGCGUCAGUCCCAACACAACAGAAGACAUCAUAGGUUCUGAUCAGGAUGUGAACGCAAAUAUUUGCUGGCACCGACUCGAAGGGGACAACGUGUGUGCAGAACCGAUUCAGGAGCUCAGAACAACAUACACUGAAUGCUGCUGCCUGUACGGCGUCGCCUGGGGUGGGCAGUGUGCACUCUGCCCCAGGAAAAAUUCUGUUGAUUAUGCUUCCAUGUGCAACCUGCCUUGGACAGAAGGCGCAGACAGCCUUCGAGAGCGGAUAGGAUAUGACUAUGGCGUUGAAGAGCCAGAGCUUCCUCCAUACUGGGAUAACUAUGGUGGUGGCAUUCCUGAAAGUGUGCCCUUAUUUACUGACAGUGACUACAACAACCCGCAACCACCCUUUCGUGUCCCAGUCCUACGUCCAGGUGGGAGUCAACCCCAACCACUGGAUCGCUAUACAGAGCGGCGUUACGACAGCUUUGAGGGUCUCCAAGCGGAAGAGUGUGGGAUCCUGAACGGAUGUGAUAAUGGACGCUGCGUUCGUGUUCGAGAGGGCUAUACCUGCGACUGCUUCGAUGGUUACGAACUUAACCUGGAUAAGAUGGCCUGCAUAGACAUAAACGAAUGUGAGGACAUCAGUGACAAGGUCCCCUUGUGUCUGAACGGCCAGUGCAUCAACACCGAGGGGUCCUACAAGUGCACCUGCCUGCCCGGCUUCGUGGCCUCCGCCAAGCCACACAAAUGCAUCUCAGCAAUCCCAGAGUCCACAUUCAGGGGGGCAGAAAACUGAAAGAGAAACAAACUUUUCCUGCUUCUUAAAACCAUCAUCAUCCCCGUGCUCUGUCCACCAGAGAGCUCGACACUAAACCUCCAACAGUAACACUGUUCGUCCAAGCUUUUCUCCCCACGUGUUGCUGACGCACACAAACGUACACAAGCUUUCUCAAAUCCCUUCCCCUGUUACAUAUUCAAGAGGACCAGGAAAUGUGCAUUGAAUGUAUUACACGGGAUUUAUUGUUCACCACAUUUCUGUUUGCCUUAAAGGGAUUGUUUUUGAGACUGAUUCUUUCAUAUAUUCAGUGACCCCAGGCAAAUUGAUCUGUUCAUAUAUUUCCCACUGUAUUUUCUCUGUCAAUUCACUUUUUCGAAGUUUGUUAUUUAUUUCAUUGACAUGACGGGCCUCUGAAAGUUUAGAAAGCAUCCGGUUUCAGAGGUUAGACUUGAUUCCUCUCAUUUCUCACAGAGACUCUGUGAUUAGAUGAAUAAUGUACAUUUUAAAGAGAAGGAAUUUCUGAAGAAAUAUGUCAUAUAUCGUCUUAUAUCUAUCUGGGUCAACAAACAGAAUUUUUCCCACAGCUGCCUUUCUUCAGGAUUUCUGAACCGAUCACCCAAACUUUCACGUUAAAAGCUCCACAAGCUUUGACAGACUGUACAUGUAUAUGAGGUUCUGUGAGAUGUUCAGAAAAUGGUGCUCCGAGUAGACUGUUUAGGACCAUUUUCAAAAAAAAGAAAUGUAAUACUAACCCCCAUUUCUUUCUUUUAUAAUAGUAUUGAUCUGUUUCAUGCUUUUAUUUUUAAAGAAAUGAAAAGAAAAAACAAGCCUUGUUUGCAUUUUCUGCAAGAAAUUGUGAAAUAACAACGAGAAAUUGAUUUUAUUUGCCAUUGAAUUUAUUGACCAUUGUCACAGAGAAAAAGGAAUACUUCUUCAGACCAUGCCCAAGUGUCCUCCACAUUUAUUGGCACCCCUUGUAAAGAUGUGUAAGAAUGCAUUUGUAUUUUAUUCUGCAAGUGUUAUUUUUGAAAUAAUUUCUAAAAUAAAAAUACUCUCUCUAAUUAGAUUGAAAACAAUUAAAACAUUUUUUUUUGUUUUGUUUUUUUUUACAAAAAUACCAGUGCCACACUUAGUGGUAACUCUUGUAUUUCCUUGAAAUAAACAUAAAUGAAUUGUUUUACCAUUUGUACUUUACUCUACAAAGUUGCUAAGAGUGUUUAGGAACUUUUCAUGUUUGAACAAUGACUUUCAGUCAGAUAAAGUCUUUGUUAUACCAUGUUUGAAACAAAUUGGUGUAAAUUAUGUCAUUUUGCAUGUGAAAUUUGCCCAAAUCAACACGAAAAUAGUUCACCUGACAAAAAAAUUGCCUACCUCUUUCCAUUUCUAUUUAGUGAAAUUUCUAAUUAGACAGCUGACUAUUGGUGAAUCUAAGUUGAGUCCAGAUCCAGACAAGUACAUAAACUGAGUAGUUUUAGGUCUGAUCAUCAUGGCUCUCCUCUCAAGCUGCCCUCCUGCCACUGCACACAAAAUUUUCCCUAACACAUUUUAUGUUCCUUAUCUGUCUUUGAGAAGUGUGCACUCUCUUAACAUAUUCUCUUAAUGCUAUCUAGCAAAAUCAAUACUAUAUUUGACAUUGCACAUCAAAUGAAAGAAAAAAAGCCACCAUUUCUAGCUUUUGUAGAUUUAUAUCUGUUUGUAAAAAUGUCUUUAAAGCAUUUCUUUUUCUGUAUGAGAAGAGUGACACUGUACCAUAGGAACUCUGUGUAUACCCUGCCCUGUGGAGCAGACUAUGAGUUAUAUAAAUAUAUAUAUUUUUUGCAAGUGGCACCACUGUUAAGAAAUAACAAUUUUAUAAUGCAAGCACCUGCUUAUGUCAAUCACAACAUUGCAGCAUUUUUUAUAACAGUAAACAUGAUUUAUUCCCGUUUCUUUUGAAUGACUGUGUAAUUUAUGGUUUAUAGACAACAUCAUCAGAAAUAAAUGGCUUGUCUAUAAUCAUCAGCAGGUAUUCUCUGUAGCACAUUUAGACCUGAUAACACCUGGACAUGAUGAUUAAAGCUGAUAAUUUAUGCCACUGGCCAUCUUUCUAGAUUUUUAAUCUGCAGUUUUACAAAUGUUUUUAUAUGAAGCCAACUGUUCUUUGCUCUGUUGUUCAAAUAUUUGCCUGAUUUGGACUAGAGACUAUAAAUGCGGUUAACGCUGAGCUAUUUAAAGUCUUUCAAACAAUAUUAACUACAGACGAAUGUUGUAAAGCUGUGGUCGGUAUCUUGACUGUUCAUUUUGUUUACCUCCUGACUGUAAUCUGUAUCAGUCAUCAAAAUAAAUAACAAAAAACGAA